AUGAAUAGGUCUUGGGUAGCAGUUUCCGCUGUCCCACUGAUCUACCAAAAUACUUCUCUUCCACCGAUCCGCAAUUCCGCGCCGACCCGCCAAGAAGGAGGGGAGGAGGAUGCGCUGCUUUCCCACAGGUUGACUUCCUGGAACACCGAUUCAAGUGCUGCUCAGUUGGAGCGAGUAUUCGGUGCGGGUUACAACAACCUUAUCAGUCACCCUACAGAUCCGCAGACAGCAAUGUCAACCGUGCAGGUGUUGCCGGGACCGCAGCUGGAACCGCUUCAACCCCAACCGGCUCCUCUUCCUCCUCCUGCUCCUUCUCAUCUGAAGGCGCUGCCUCAACCACCAAUCAAAAAACGAACUCCGUCAGAGGUUCCUUCAUUUAGGGGUUCCUUUUCCUCUGCUCGUGGAUUGGAGCACUUGGCAGUUGGCAUACUCGCAUUCACGUACUUCAACCAGAAAUAA